GCUAUAAUAAGCACACAAAAAAAAAAGAAAAAGAAAAAAGCCAUUUGGUGGCACACUUGACUGCACCAAAAAUGGAGUGCGCGGCAAAUGGAAGAGGCACUCGUUGCGUAGGUCCACCAGUAAGACGGUGUGCUCGUUGCGGUGCUGUAGCCUAUUGUUCACUCUCUCACCAGAUUUCUCAUUGGAGUGAUCACAAGGAAGAAUGUGAAAGGUUAGAGGAACAAAUGAGAGAUGCUGACAUAUUGAACACAUUUCCAUUCACAUUUUGUGAAGAAGCUACACUUCAGAUUUUGGAAGAAGAGGAGAGUAGAUGUGCGUUUCUGUCAAGGAGGAGCCUUCAUAAGAUAGGAAUGUGGUCAUGUGAAUGCUCUUGUGGGGUUUCCAACAUCUGUCCCAAUUUCCCAGCGUUGAUCAAGUGUUGGAACCUUUCAAGCACAUUGGUUCCUUGUGGUGACCCUAUAUCUCCAUUGUCAAAGCAGUUAAGCUGUUGGAAGGAAUACUAUGAAUGGAGAUCCAUCACGUUGGAUUCACCCAUUGCUUUGCUGCUUCAAUGGCCCCUUACAAUUUACCAUGCUUUCCAACUUAAUGCUGGCAGAGUGCGUAGUGUAAAUGGUGGUAAAGACAUCAACAUUCACUAUCUUGGACCUGAUAAGGAGCUUUUCCAACUUGCGGUCUUUGGAGAAUUGCUUGCACUUUUCCCAGACUAUAAUGUGCAUAUAGAUUUUGUUGGACCGGCUGUUCCAGAGUAUAGGGAUGGUGAAAAGAUCAAUCUCCAUACUUAUGUACACUGUGACGACAGAGAUUGCAAGUGCAAGGUGCCCAGUGAGACUACUAGUAGUACUGUGGUGACAUUGCAGCUUUUUAAAGGUUUCUAUCAUGACCGGUUUAGGGAUCUAAUAAAGGAUUCGUUACCACAUCUGAUCAUUGCUCCAAAUGCUGGUGUUGCUGCUUAUCCAAGCUGGAUGGAAACAAUUGAGUUGAUUCGUGGGCUGAAAACACCUGCAGUUUUUACAGACUACUGUGAAGAAGCUGCUCAUCUAGCUGCUCGCUGUCUGAGCAGCACAACGAGCUGCCAGCUGGCACUUCCUAUACAGUUAAAUCCAUUCAGGCAACCGAUGGCAGUAGAAGACACUGCAUUGCAUCUCCCUUGCUAUUCUAAUUGUUUCCUGUUUGGGAUAUGACCUCAUUUAACAUCAAAAGGAAAAUAAGCCCUUUCAUUACAUUGGAUGAUCAAUUAAGAUGCCUAAUCCCGUUAGAUAGGAACAUGACAACAUGUUGGAUUUCCGAAGGUCUAUGUUUGACCCAAAUUUUUCCAAACAAGCAAUCAAAUUUUGUUCAUCUAAUUCGUUUUGAAAUUUUGGAUCAGACUUUUUCCUUUGAAUGGAUUGGUUGGGAUAACUAAGCUUUUAAGAAAAUAUAGAUAGGUUAUGUUUUCCAGCA